CGGGAGACCCUGAGCCCCACGAGGGCGACCGAGCACUCGCAUCAACGAGGGGUCCAGCAAGCUCGUCCCUUAUCGCGCUUCUCUGCCUAGGCGACGUCGGCCAUAGCCAGCCAUGGCAGAUUUCGCUUCGAGAAUCAUCACGAGGUUGAUAUUUGCGCUGCUGCUCUCGUCCUCGUCAUUGCAGCGCCUUGCCGAGUGGUCACCGGUAGACCGACCGCUUAUAAAUAUUACCAACGCCAAUCUCUUGACUCUCAGAGCUCAGUAUGCUAUGAAAUUCAUCCGUACCAACAACUAUUCUACGGCAAACGAAAUGCCGGACCCUGUGAUCGUGCAUGUGGUGUUAUCUCCCAAGGAUCGAAGCUUGUUUAUUGCGCUGACAAACGGGAUAUGGAGGAUGAGCACUUACCAGGCGAAUAAACCUGAGGCUAACGCGGCAUUGUUGGCAGCCGGAUCGGCGCCCGAGGGAUCGUUUAGUUAUUUCCAUGCAAUGGCGCUUCAAGACAGUGACUCGGAAUUAACAGGAGCAGUCCUCGCUGGCAACGACGACACACAGCGGACAAGAAUCCUGCACGUGGCGUCAAGAUUCGGUCUUUUGGGCGGAAGCACACUCCGUGCCCUUUCCAUUGACGCCAACGAAAGCUUGACGCAUCAGCUCUAUGCCCGCGAUUACCCCAGUGUAACCGCUACUUGGGAUUCUUCGAUCUCCAGCAUGGCGAUCGAUUCCAGUCGCAGGAUUUUGUACGUCUCUACAGGUGUUGGGAUUCACCGUGUUAACUUGACUUACCCCUCAGGGGGGUAUUCCAGUUUGCAGAGUUGGAUCGGCGUGGAUUAUGAAGACCCCUUCAGCAACCAUUACAGAGAGAGUGACGACCCCGAGGAAGUGCGACUGGCUUCUGCGAAAUUGGGCGCGUCCACCAUCGGGGAAGCCAUUUACUUUGUCGAUCAGAAGCGUCACCUGCUCGGCCGGAUUCGGGCCAGUACAGGUGCCGUGCAUCGGAUUGCCGGAGGAACGGCAGGUAGGAGGGACGGCCCUGCCUCCGAAGCUUCAUUUUCAGCACCCCAGACCUUGGCUGUCACUCACGACGGGUGCAACGUGUUCAUCCUGGAAACCCAGGAGGACUGGGAUGACCCCCCAGCCAGGCUCCUGCUGAUUACCUUAAAUGCCAGCUGGGGGAAGGCAGCGAAUGUCGCGACUGUCGCUUCGAUCCUACAUGGGAGACGAAUGUCACUGGACAUUUCUCCGGAGAGUGACACGCUGUACGUGGGUGCGAUUACAGAUAUUCUGGAGUUGGGGAUCAACACAUCGGCUCUGCCUCGUUGUGCCGCACCUUCCGAAGUGCAGCGGGAUUCCAUGACGGCUCAGCCUUCCUCGUCACCCAGCGCCGCAGCUUCCGAACAACAGCGUGAUUCCACGACGGCUCGGCACCCAUCCCCGUCGGCCAGCGUGCGUGCAAUCGCCAUGGCAAGCGCCGGCGUGCUGCUACUGGUUGUAGCCUACUCCGUGUCGUUAUCAGUUGUUGUGAUCCGACGGCGAAGAGGGAUAUUUACACACAGGCGGAAGAGGACUCCACCGGAAGCGUCCAUCACUGCUUCAUCGGAGGAUGUGAAGGGGUCGGGGACCAAGUGGACAGAUAACUCCGUGUCGAAUGAGGCGAGCUCGGGGAUGAGAACGGCGAAGAUGGGACAAUCGCCUUUGAUCCUACGGCCGAAUUCCGGCUUGAAGAGGUACUCCCUGGAGGAGACCAGCAGAGCGAGAGUGCUCAGCGACGGCCAGGUGGUGGCCGUCAACAUGAUGAAGGAUGCGGACUUCUUGGAAGCGGCGAGGUUCCGUCAGUUCCAAGCCGAGCUGGACGUGCUCGGAUCACUCCGCCAUAGCCAGAUCUGUGGCAUUGUCGGAUACUGGGGGGAGGAGGGGAAGUCGUUUCUCGUCUACCCGUUCGUGGAGGGAGGUACGCUCCACGACCGCCUGCGAUUGGCUGGGUACGCCAGUCGCGAACAAGGUGUCGUGCCAACAAUGGACAGCAUCUCUGAUGGCAGCAGUUGCACCCGCCAGAAGUCGCCGUUGGACUGGAAGGACCGGCUGUCUAUCGCUCGGCAAAUUGCAAGUGCUCUACGGUAUCUGCACGAGCAGGUAGACCCUCCCGUCGUGCACCGGGAUGUCAAGAGCAAAAACGUGUUGCUCGAGGAUCAGGGAGAGGGCGAUUGGACUUCGAUCAGGGCUUACCUGUCCGACUCCGGGUUGGCAAAGGUCGGGCAGAGCGUUUUCGGCGCGCAGCAGGCGGGCGAGACAGUGGAGACCUACCAUGUUGCGGGGACCUUCGGGUACAUGGCCCCGGAGUACUACAGCUCGUGCAGGCUGACGGCCAAGAAUGACGUGCACGCUUUCGGGGUGCUGCGCCUGGAGGUGAUCACCGGUCGGCAGGCGUUCAUGAAUGCCCCUCGCCAGGAGGAGCGGCGGAUGGAGGAAGGAGAGGAGCAGCCGGAGGUUGCGACGGAGGGGAACGAGCGGGAAACGAACUCGACGGAGGAGUCCGAGGAGUCUGAGGAGGUAUUGGAGUUGGCUCCCGAACUCUGGCGUACUGGGCUCAGCGAAGGCUCCAGACAAGACAAGUAAUCUCUUCUGAGGACGAAGAAGACGAAGUAAAGCCGCUCAGAGCCU